AUUGUGUCCCUGUUUUUCCCGUCAUACAUGGAAAAAACACUCUCUGGCAACGAAAUUUGUACAACUCACUGGAUAUUAAACAGUUUUAAAUGCCAGGAUAUUUCUGGUACGUAAAAAAGUAUUUGCCAUAGAAGUAAUACAGGAAAUAUAAAAUGUGUAUUGGAGAGGCGUAACAGAAAUAUCCUGUGGUUCCAUACAGUUUCUAACCUGCACGAGCAACGAAAAAAAUAGGAUUGUUAGGUAAGCAAACAAUGUCCAAAAAACAUUAGGACUGGCAGAAAAUGUAAUAUCUGUCGAGAAACCGGAACCACAGGAUAUUUUUGGUGGGGCGCAACUAUAUAUUAGAUCGUAUUUUUCUCAGAAGCGCCGUUUCGGGCAUUGACCCGGGGUGGGGGUACUAAUUCCGUUCAGCUAUGUAUACCCGAGGAAAGGAAAGCAUUAGCGAAGUCUAAAGUUCAUCAAUAAUCAUUAGCGUGUCGAUGGUUCUUGGCUGGAACUCCUCCAUUAUAUAAUCUCAAAAAUAUGGCUGUUUGGCAGGAGUGGGCAAGAUUUCCAUUUUCAAAAACAUAUAUUUGGAAAAUCGUGGCUAAAAUGAUAUUAUACACUAAAUCAAAGCUCACAAAAUACAAAACAACAUACCUACAAUAUAUAUUUCGGAAAUUCAUUGUUGUAUAGUAAAAAGUAUCUUUCAGCUAUUUUGCCAAUUUAUACAGCAGAAGUAUUUGAAAAAUUAAAAAUAUUGAGUUGUCAUGGCGACACUUCACGCCAAUUACUAAUACUUCUUGUUAAAUCAAUGUUUGGAUAAUAUAGGCUAGAGGUUGCUGCAUGCAUGUAUUUCAAGUACUAAAAUGUCUGGUUAUAUCUAUAGUAAUGAAGCUAUCUGUAUUCUGUAUACAGCUCGUCUUAUUCCAUGCAUAGUUAAUCCCAGACAUCUUUUUUUUAUUACUUUUGACAUUGAAUUUUAAUGGUCUUUUAGUAUUUUACAUUUUAGUAUUUUACAGGAAAAUUUCUAAGUCUGGGUGUAUUUUGAUUAGAUCUGAGUGGUUUCUCAUACCUCGGUAUUUGUCGUGGUGUAAUAACCAUGUUGACAAGGGAUUCUCUCGUCGCUAGUGAAGAGGUAAUCAUCUUUUUUCUCUUAUAAUCCCCCCCCCCCCCACAUACACACACUGAAUUAAUCUAGAAAUUAUAAUAGUAUACGUAAGCUAUAGAAAAAUAGAGUUGCCCGCGCAGUGUGUAGAAGCUGGGCAACAAAUUGGUAACCAAAAUUCAAAGUCACUCGCUGGGUGGUAGAUCGCCUGGAUACUUUAUUUACCAAGAUGCUAUUGGUCCAUUAUACUGGACGUAGUGCACUAAGGGGUUGCGGUUUUGAAGCGAACAUCUCAAAUUCCGAGGAAGCCCUUUAGAUGUUGAAGGUAUCGCCGCUUAUUACAGCUCAUUGACGUCUACAGCCAUGAGAAUUUAAUCUUAGAAGUUAUAUAAUCCAUUACGAAUUUAAUCUUAGAAGUUAUAUAGGAAUAGUGCAGCGUUUGACAGAUAGAAGGAGUCGCACAUAUAUACUGUAUGCAUAAUAAGACUUCGGAAAGGAUUUGAACGCACUUGUUACCUAGAGUGGAGAAUUGGGCUCGAUUUUCGUAUAGACUUUGCUCUUUCGUGGAAAGAGUCAUUCAUUGCUUUGCGGAACAUCGUAUCACGGAUUUAUCGACGUAUUCGAGUUGGUCCCGUUUCAGGAACGGCAGGCGUUUUUUCAUGGCUUUUUCACGGCGUUAAACGGCCCAAAAAACUCAAUCUUAAAUUGAGUUUUGAGACUCAGUCAUCUCAUUAAAAGCUUUAGUGCCGAAAAUAAUUUUCCUGUCGGAAGCCCAACAAAGAAAGAAGCGAACCUACCACCUGAAGAGCGAACCUACCACCUGAAAUUCGUUUCACAACACAAAUUAAAAGUAUCUUUGAGUUGUUCUGAAGGUUAAAUUGUGAAACUUCCGAGGCCUUCACCUAUCGACGCCCAUGCAAGUUCCACCUGAAAUAUUCUGGGAAAAGCUGGCCCGCAGUAUACCGGGAAACGUACCCUUCUGCGUUUGCUAAAGUCAGAAUGGAAACACUCCUCUCGCAUGCGACUGAGGCGAAAUUAUCAGAAUAUUUUAUGCAAUUCGUCAUUUAUAAUUAUCUUGAUUUCAUUGUGGGGAGUUCGGGACUGCCCAGGAUAGUUUACGGCAAUGUGUGAUAUAGAACUGAAUGAAAGGUUUUUUUUACAAAAUGGUCAAGCCUUUUCUAUGUCUAUGAUCAAAUAGUUGGUAAACCAUAGUUUUUACCAUUUUUUUGAAUGUGUAGUUUCUUCACAAUGCUGUCGGUGGAAAGACUGGAAAUCUGUUACUUGAUGUUUUAUUUCCAGAAAUAACAUCAUUAUGUUCGAGGUACGUACGAUUCAAGAUCUUCAACAUUUCGAAGAUGAGCGCACACGUAUAAUUGUGUAAUUUUUAUAAGAAUAAUUGCAUGAAUUGUUUUGCAAAUAUGAACACUGAAUUCCAUCUUGACCUCUGCUUACAGAUGGUCCGAAUUUUAUAUGGUAUGUGACAUAUGAAAGUUUAGAUUCCUAUUUUGGGAUCGAUUAUUAUAUUGGAAUCGAUACAGGGUGUAUAAAAAAAUUGCACAGUUCGAAAAUGCCUCCCCACUCCCCGCUGCGUACAGCCUUGUUAGAUGUGUAUUAUGUUUGACUUUAAAAUUUAAUUUGCUAUUUUAUAUUUAUAUAAUAAGUGAUGAAAUACUUCCAUUGUCCCAAUGCCAACUUCUUUAUUUACUUCCUUUCAAGAAAAUACAAAAUGUGACUCCACAUUUGCGCAGAUACUUAUACGCACGGCGUACCUAUUUUUAUACACCUUCUAGAGCCUCGCGUCUUGUCUCACCUAGAAAGCUUAUUUGAAUGUGUUGAAGAAAACAUGUUCAAUAUUAAAACCAAAUUAACUUAAUUUUUUAACUAGACUGAAGGACUCCAGCACUUUGGUCGCAUUGAGAACGUUAGCUUACUGGACCACAGAGGCAAGGUGCGAUUACAUUACAUUAUUAUCCAGCUCAUUGGGGCUCUUCAGUGACCGAUUACAUCAAGUAUUACGAUUACUUAUAUUUAUCUUUACAACAAUUGUGAUAUUACUUUCCUAUCUGUGUUUAUCUUUACCCAUCCUGUCAACUUUCCCUGUGGGAGGAAACUGGAGCAGCCGAAGAAAACCCACGACUUUCGGUAGAGUGUUGACAGACUCUUUUCACAAGAGUCCGUGGCGAGAAUCAAACCCACGAACUCAGAAGUGAAAGGCGCCUGCGAUAUUGUAAUGUACCUUAAGGUCUGUUUACACUUGCAAUUCUCGCUGCGAUUUCUAGUGCGAUAUUCUUCUUCUGAUGCAUGUGAUUGAGUAGAUGAGUUAUGAAUGUUCUGAGUAUGCGUACCCUCAUCUGAACGUUCACGACUCAUCCAGUCGUUCACAUCCAUCAGAAGCAGAAAAUCGCACCUGAAUCACAGUAAAAAUUGCAAGUGAAAACGGGUCUUAAUUCAUGUUUUGUUCAUGUUUUGUUUCUUAGGGAGUGCUCCUCAGAUUCUACCAUGGAUGAUGGUUUCAAAUCACGCAUGCAGGACAACUCUGAAAUAAUUCAAACAUUGCUGAACUUUGUAUGGAACUUUUGGGAUCAUCCUAUAGAGGUACUUUUGGGAUCAUCCUCCUGUGAUCUUCUGCCUGACAUGAGGUCGAUGGAAGGAAGGGAAAAGUCGACAUAGUAGAAUUGGAAGAAGUUCGCAAAUCUAAUUACUGUAAAUGCUGCGUUAAGCCCUCUGUUAAGAAAGUCCUCUCAUAAAGUCCUCUUAUUGGAUAAGCUCCCUUCUCGGCGGGAGAAUCUUGUAAGCCCCCCCAUUACCCCCCCCCCCCACGCUCUUACGACUUAAAACUACGCGUGUAUUGAUUACGUUUAUAUAAUAAUUGGUAAAAUAAACCGUUGAAAUUAUUGAUAAUUAUACAAUCGAUUAGGUUAGGCAGGAUUUCCAGAAUUGUUUAGACCGAGGUCAAUGUUAUCUGUUGAAUGUAAAAUGAACACUACAGGCAUGCAAAAAUGAGCACAACCCAUUGCAAUUAAAAUUUUCCCCUUCUUCAAUUAACUUUGGAGAUUUAAUUGAAGAUAAACCUGUAUCCACCUGCGUUCCAAAUCUUGUGCUUAAUAUUUUUGCUCUUGUCGCCCGACUAGCAUUAAAAUUUAUCCUUUUUCUUCCAUAUUAAGGCAAUGAGGUACCACACGCGGGAGAUAUUUGAUAAUGCUGUCAAGAUACACAUUACUGUCACUGGAAAUGGUAAGACUGAUCUUAAUGUUAAUAGUUGGGAUCAUCAUAUUUCAAUAUAGUAAUAUUUAAUUCAAGUUUUUAAGUCCAUCUCAAAGACACUUUACAAUUUCGAUAAGUACUUCAUGCAAGACCCAUAAAACAAUUUGAGCAAAUUAUAAGGUCAAACCAACCCCAGUUUUAACACCAUCUGACUGUUUUAACAUUAUUCAGAAAUUGAAUAUUCAUGCAGAAACCCGAAAAAUCGUUAACAAACAUUUAACCUAAAAAUAUUUCGCUUAAAAUGUUUAACAGUUUUCUUCUCUGUAUUUUUAUAUGUUUUAUUCGUACAAAUAUUUGUCAAAAUUUUCUUCAGGGCCUUUUCGUUGCAUUUUAACCUAUAUUUAAUCUCUAUUAUAUGCCAAUUGUCAAAGUUCAUGUUUUCUUGAAUCUCAUUGGACGAGAGCAUAUCACGUGAAUGUCACAAAGUCCGACUGUCUCCUAGCAACAUCUUUGGAUGGUGGACAUUACUUUUAUUCACCGGUGAAUAAUAAAAUCGUCGAAUUAUAAAGCACAAAAUCCGAAGUUUCCCUUUCUUUUUAGUGCAAACUUAUGUGCGAAAAUCCAAUUGAGGGACCAAUCGAAAGAGUAAACAAUCCGAGAGAAGCUUUCAAAUGAUGUUCUUUGUUACGUUUCUCUUCGGCCAACUAUAAAUUAUAAAAGUCUAUAUUUUGAUUCAUGAUAGUACAUGUUCUUACUUAUUUUAUCCAACAUUUAGAUAAGCUACAGCCAAAUUACUGUUACAUCUUUAAGCACACUUGGCCCCUUGCAACAUAAAUCGAGUUCCGACUGUUUUUUGUCUGACUUAGAAAUCUUUCUCAAAUUUUUUUAAAACUUGUUUUACUUUUUUAAUUCUCAAAUUGUUUAUUAGAGCUUUACUGGUUAGGGCAACCAUUGGGCUAUUUCGUGUUUAUAUGCGCCCAUGGAAGACCACUGCAAUGACUGCAUGCUCUUCACUGGAACAUAGUGAUCGGAAUGAGUGCUUAUAUAAACGCCAAGUAUAUGAAUCUUUGUUGGGUUUUCCAACACUUGAGUAUAUGAAUAUUUUCGUCUUAUUUUUCCUUUUAUUACCUUUGCUAUUUGGAAUUUCCUAGUUACAAUGGACUUUCGUUUAUUGCGUUUUCCAAUUGAAAGUUUUAGCGCAUGCUAAACAUCCCUACCGACCGACGCUAAGCCGAGAUCUCAACAUUAUAUAGAUCGUGCGAAGGACUGGGCCAACAGUCAGGAAAGUUUGAUUUUGUUCUCCGAUGUGUGAAUCUGUCUAAAAGUUCUAUCAUAUAUACGUGUGAAACUUACAAAAAAUUGCUGCAUCACAUCAGCCAGUUCCUCCGGAUUCAUUCAGACCUUUGGACACUUUAUUUCUGGGUGACUAAUACAAAGUAAAAUCGCAUAAUAUAGAACUUAUUAAAUUCUGAUUCAAAUCCGCCAUCUUGAAUUUUGAGUAAAAACUCUCUAAACGUAUCUAUUUUUUUAUAAUUCUUGACUUCAAAUCACAAUGUUUAUUCACAUAUGCCACAAAACCAUAGCUUAUCAAAGGGAAGAUGGCUAUGAAGCUCAUUAGAAUAACAACAUGAAACUCAUUAAAAUAGCAAGAUUUUAUGAAAGUUACCUAUCCGCGACUCGAACAACGCCACAACGGGUAAAUUGGAAAUUGCUAUUGGUGGAUUUGGCAAAAAUACAAUACACACGUGACGACGAAGGACCAGACUUAUGAAUAAACGUUGACUAACAUAGAUAAUGAGUUGUUAUUCUAACGAGUUUCCAAACCAUCUUCCUUUUGAAGGCUAUGACAAAACUAAACAUUCAAGUACUUAAGUUCAAAAACCCAACUACUGUAGUACUUUUGGUAAGACUUUCUUUCCUCAUGGUGACAAGAACAGGAAAUACCAUUUUUAGGGGGGGGGGGCAACUUUUUAACGCCUACCCCCUGUACACUGUUACAGAACACUCCCCACUCACAUACAUGCAACAUUAUUGACUUGCAUUUUUCUCUUUUAGAACCAACAUCCGAUCCGUUUGUGGUAGAUCUAUCGAGGAAAUUAUGUGAAAUAAACAUGUUUGUACGUGGAAAAUAUGGUCCUCUGUGUUGUCUGGUGGAUGUCUUGGGUGCUCAAGCUAUGUUGGAAGUUCACCCGAGUAUUCCUGAGGAUAUCAUGUUUGUGAUGACUGAUCAAACUGUCGUGCCACAUGUAAGCAUGUAAGAGCUUGUAGACAUAUGUGAUAGAUGUAGCUACUGGAUUUGGUUUGAUAUGUUUAUUAGGGCUAUAUAAACAGUCAACUUUUUUGCAAGCUGCGGCUACAAUAAGCCCAGGGUUGAAAGCUGUAUAGGCCUAAAUAAGCCUCAGAGUGUUGUAAAUAGACUGUUUAUACGAGUCGUUUCGACUUACUUAAGCCGCGGCUUAUUUUCUCUCGUAUAAAUGGCUUAACAUUAAUUGAAAAAGAUACAUCAUGAUGUCCAUGUAAAACCAUUGGAAGCGCAUCGAGGAUGAUGAGUUUGCCACCAAUUCAAAUUGGUUAUUUUAACCAAUCCGUUUUUACCGUGAGGCCUUCCAUCCGUAAGGCAGGAUCUUCAUCAGUACAUGCUAAUAAUGUAUGGCUUGUUUAAUUUAAUUCACACGCCCCUUUAUAUACCAAAAGCGUCCUGAUCUGUUUGCUCGCGUCAUGAUCAAACAUGGCCGAAUUUUGAGGGGAGGUGCAUGUAGGGAGGUGCGCACCUCCCCUGAGAUCGUUUUGCACCUCCCCUGAGAAUUUUUGUACCUCCCCUGAAAAGUCGUGCAUCUCCUUUUGGGAAAGUUUCAAUGAUAGAUCAAAGUGAAAAUUUGACAUUUUUUGUUGCUUAGGGUCUACACUUCGUAAGAACGUUUUUCUGUAAAAUUGAAACAGUGAUAGCCAUUCACAUCUGUGUUAAGUAACCUUUUAAUGCAAUGUUUUGAAAGAAACUUUGUAGUAAUUGUAAUGAAGGACAAAAUUGGAUGAGUUGCACAGUCAUAAUUCAUUAAUACACUGAUACAUAUGUACACUACAUGCACAUGUCACGUCACUGACUUUCGCCCGUUUUCCAUGGGGCUCGUGAGCUAAACUGCUGCACCUCCUCUAAAUUGUUUCCCACCUCCCCCACUAUUUCCACCAAAAUCCAGCCUUGUUUUCAAGUUACCAAUGUACUUGAGGUACUUGCUGUAUACGAAGUUUUCAUUUGCUGAUGAGUGUCCCAAUUGUAGGAUCUCAUGCAAACGUAUAUACUGUACCAUCUACCUACCAAAAAAUGUAUUGGGAUGGUAAUCCUAAUCGUGUGAAAAAUUGCAUUGAAUGUAUACACUAAACAUGAAUAUUUAGUUCACAUAUAUAGUGAGCCACAAUUAUACAUCUGGGCUUGAUUCCUCCAAAGUGGCAUUCAGAAACCUUUCAAAAAGUGAUGCAAUUGGACGUGACAAGUUUUUAUUCUUUUAAAGGCAAUGGAGUUUGCUGAAAAGAUGUUUAUCAGUCAUCUACAACAAUUAUCAAAAACAACUUCUGAAUAUUUGAAUGACUGGUUUGAGGUAACAGAAUUUUAUCGAAUUCCAAAUAUUUAUUGAUUACAAGCGUUGAAAUUUCUUUCCUCUAGUAUACGAUAAUUAUGCCUUUAUUUUGAACAUAUUAACUUUCGCAAAAUACAUGUUUAACCAUGGAUUUGUCUUAAAACUGUUGUAUAUACAUAUAAAUCCGAUCUAUUUUUCUAUUUCAGUUGUGGGUUGUUCCUGCUCUCCGAAGCCUGUCAUUGCGUGAAAAACAUGUGAGAAAGCAUAUUGCAGAAGUAAGUACAGGGACCGCGGAACAGGGGGUGUGUCUCUUCAAUAAUGUUGCAUGAACAAAAAAAUUACCGGAUAAAAUCCAGCCUGUCUGCGCGUGGCAUAGCUUCCAUACUAAUGAUACUAUCCUGCCCCCCCCCCUCCCCCAAUUUUAAACAGGCUCCGCGGUCCCUGAAGCACUAAUUGUAGUGAUGCUUUAAAUCAUGAAAUGUGUGUUCCAAAUUGGUUUGGUUUAAAAAUCUGUUUUUGAGUACAUAUAUUUGUUUGUAUAUGUAUGACCAUUAGUAUACAACUUUAUUUGUAUCGCAAAUUAUGAAACAUAUUCCAUGAUUAUGUGAUAUCUGCUUCUCACUUUGUCACGUAUUUGAAAGAUAGGGGGAUAUCUUUUCGCCAGUGAGCUGUGGAUCGCUGGCGAAAAGAUAUGCCCCUAUCUUUCAAAUACUUCACUAUUUCAUCACUAUUUUAUUGGCAUGUGAUAAUUUAUUUCACCAUUUUCAAUUCCAUAAAUUCAAUGCUGAAACUGUUAUAUUUAUUAGUAUUAUGUUCCGACCUUGCUGAAAUGUUGUCCGGAAAGCUUACAUCGAAUCAUACAAAAACUGCACGCACCAGCUGAGAAAUCUUCUGAAGGUUUGUGUCCGUUGUUUUUAAAGAAAAAUAUGAUGUAAAGCUGCCAUGUUAUUCUUGUGUAUAUAUAAAACUGUGGGCUAAUAGGCAUGUUUCAUAUUACUCCGAAAAUAUACAGAGAACAACGAAAAAUUUGUUGUCUCGUGCCAUCCUCGUUCCCAGGGCCUCGCGUCUACGUGCGGCCUUCAUAGGCCAUGGGAUACACGGAACCGGAAGUGGAAGAAAACUUGCAGUAGUUCCUAAAGCGCAUGCAUGCUCUUGAAUUGGGAAGCUUCCGCACCCGUAACAAUUUUCACAGAGAAGCAUUGCGAAGAAACGAUUUAUUUGUGUUCAUAUACUUUGAUAGAAAAUUUUUCCUAGCGAAAAUUCCUCAAUUUCUGCGAAAUAGCAGUUUUCUGAGAAGCCAAUCUGAUCUCUUCCUUUAGUCGUCUAACCCAGAGCCUAAUUUUCAACGAGCGACCGAAUGAGACGAGAAUGGUCUGGGACGAGAAUGGUCUCGAGCACGAUACGAACUUGCAUCUUCGGUUUCUAGACCACCGCUUUCUAGACGGGGAAUGCUAGCGAGUCUUAUUCAGUUUAAUUUAAGUGCACGAACCAUCCUUAGAGAUAUGAGAAACUAGUUUCAUAUUAUUCUAACACUGCAGAAAACAAUGAAGAACACAUCAAGGAGCGGCUGUCUAGAGACGCGAAAGUGCGGGUUUUCACUCGAGAAAACGAAUUUUCAUUGCUUUCAUUCCUCUCCGCAAUGUCGGAAUAAUGUAAAACUAUUUUUUCAUAUUUGUUUGUGAUGUUUCUCUGAGUGUGUUCACACCUGGCAAGCUAAAACGUUUGCUUGACCGCGGUGAGAAUUGAACCCGCGACCUUUGGUUCGCUUCGGUGGCACAGUCGCCAGAGCCAGCGUCUUUCACCUCUGAGAUCGUGGGUUCGAUUCUCACUACGGACUCAUGUGAAAAGUGUCGGUCAAUGCUCUGCCGAAAUUCGUGGGUUUUCUUUGGGCACUCCGGUUUCUUCCCGCAGGGAAAGUUGACAGGUUGGGUUAGGUGAACAUAAUUAGGAAAGUAAUAUCACAAUUGUUGUAAGCAUAAUACUUGAUGUAAGCGGUUACUGAAAAGUUCCGAUGGGGAGUUAGCUGAAUAAUGUAUAAUAAGUAUAACAAGUGUCUCUAGUCCAAUGUUCCACCAACUGAGCUACGAGGUCAAGUCGCUUCGAGUAUGUGAUAUUUCCGAACUCAUGCAGUCUAGUUCCUUCGAUAUCAAUAUGUUUUUAUGAUCUUGAAUUCAAACAAACCAAAGGUCGCGGUCACAUUAUACAUGAAAGAACAGCCCAAAAAUAAGUAAAACACACACCAAAUUAUUGUGGGAGAAUGGGAUCAGGGUGAAGUGAACCAAUUAUAUACAUUAUAUACUCUUAAAUGCAAUAGGCUUGUUUGCAUUAUUAUGGCCCUAUUCGUUUAACUUGCAGCUACUUGCUGAAUUUCACUAGCUUUCCUGGACAGUCUUAUCCAGUUUAUCCAACCAUCAUAUUGCAUUUAUAUAGGUAACUUUGCUUUGGACAAUGUUCGCUGUCUGGUCACAUGCCUUAAAACGGCCAGACAUCUUGGGUUACUCCCUAGAGUUGAUAUCUUGGGUCAAAAAGAUACUGAUACAAAUGGACUCUGGUUAGGUUCAAUUUCUGUUGUUGUCCUUGAAAAAGCGUUGUGUCACUUGGAUGAUGAGGUACGUUUAGGGACCGUCGUUUAUUUUGUCACGGGGCAGGGGUGGCUGUUUUCUAAAAAUGUCAUUGAUAUUUUCACUCCCAACAAAAUAUGUGACUGAAAACGCUAAUCCUCAGUUUGAAUUUUACUAUGAACUAUAAAUAUAUGCAUGGAGCAACCCCUCGCCUAUAUUUGCCAAACAUUGAUUUAACAUGAAUGUAGUGUUCUAUAACUUUAUUGAAUCUAUAACAAUAUAAUGUUGUUCCCCAGACUAACUGUCUCUAUGUAUCUAUAUCCAGUCUGUUCUUCCCAAUCUAAGAUCAAAAUGUCUAUAUUCCUUACAUGGUGUUUAUUAAAUGUCUAAUUAUAAUAUCACUUCUCCUUUUCGAAGUUCAAGCAUGCAAAGUCCAUGUGAUGGCAUGACCAUACAUGCAGUGUCUUUCUGGCAUUCUCCUUUCACGACUCGAUUUGCGAACUUCUUCUUUGUUGGUUCUUUCGAUUUCGUUAUUGCCAACUUGCGUCUGGUUGUUGUCAGGGUUGUUGUUGUUGUUGUUGUUGUUGUUGUUGUUGUUGUUGUUGUUGUUGUUGUUGUUGCUUUCGUCAUCCGUGUCAAUUUCAACGUUCUGUUGAUUUGGUAUGCGUUUGAAAUGUGAUACAUUUCUAGUAAUGGUAUGUCCGUUGCACUGUAAUUCUGGAGUUGUUUUUUAUAAUUACAGUAUAAGGUUUACUAUUGAAGUUUGUUUAAAGUUUGUUACUCUUACUUUUGUCGUUCUGAUAUACUGUCCCCAACCUUAAUGUCCCUAUGUUUUGUGUUGCGUACAGUGUAAGCAUAUUGUUUGUUGUAUUGAAAGCUUCUCUUUCGUGAAUCAAGACGAAAGGCUGUUCAUCCACGCUCCGUGGAAACGAGGCUCCCGGUCGAGAGAGCGAUUUCUGGGUGAAGGAUAAAUUGAUCGAAAGGGUAAAUUGUACUCGAAACGACCAUGUAUAGAACUUGAAGAAUCUUAUAGAUGGAAGUCAUCGAGUGGAAAUGUAUCUACAUUUAUUAUACCUAACCAGGAACAGCUGCGAAAAAUGCAGCUAUAGAUCCCUGACAGGAAUCGAACCUGCAGCCCUGCAAUUCCGGUGCAGAGCUCUAACCAACUGAGUUACAGAGGUCAGGUUGUCGAGCUCUAACCACAGGUUCAUGUAUAUAUACUACUAGGGUACUACCAUGUUAGGCCAUUGGUAAAUAUCAAGAUUUUGUUGGCUCCGCACUCGAUUGAAUAACAAUUGAAGGAUCUUGUAGAUGGAAAUUAUCGUGUGUAAAUUUAUGUAGUAUUUACAACACGAGAAGGAGUGUUUUAUCAUAUUUAAAACGCGAGGCGCAGCCGAGCGUUUUAGAUAUGAUAAAACGCGAGUUCGAGUGUUUUGAAUAGCUUAAAAUACGACUACAAAAGAAUACUAAUUAGGAUGAACAAUUAUAUAAUCAUACUAAUUGGGAUGAACAAUUAUAUAAAGAAUACUAAUGAAGAUGAGUUUUAUCAGAUAUAAAGUCACUUCACGUGACAUAUUAUGGCUGACAUGAUUUGCCACAAGGUUUAUGAAUUUUUAAUGAGUAUUUUAAAUACAUUUAUUAGACCUAACCAUGUAUAGUAUUUCUUACCAAAAUCAUGAUAGCACAGUUGGUUUUUUAGGUCCGCUCUGACGUCCUGAGUUUGAUAUGUGACAGCUUAAGGACCACAGAACCUCUUACAGCUGGAGAUUUAGAUUUAUUAAGAAAAUUUUAUCCAGUGAAUAUGAACAGUCAGUCGCCAUCAUUUCGACAACGUGUCCUAGCAAUGACAAAAAAGGUAUGUUUUAAACCGCCCCUGGUAAAAGUAUGAUGUCACAACGUUACUAAUUCUUCUUAUGUAUAACGUUUCAGUUAUUAAUUCGUGUGAGAGAUGGUGGUCGAUCAUUUAGCAAGAAAUUGUGCGGAGAAAAUUCUGUGGAAUUAGAUAUUCUCGCUGCGCAAGUUAAGCUUUACAUU